AUGCUGGCCACUCGCUUCGCCGCCCCCGCCAGGCAAUGCCUGCGCCAGGCCCGUCCCGCGCCGCGCUGGGCGCCCGCCGUUGCGAGGUCCUACUCUGCCGCCGGCGGAGACCGUGUGGCCAAGUUCACCGGCCAGAAGGGCAACGACGGCAAGUACACCGUCACCCUGAUCGAGGGUGAUGGUAUCGGCCCCGAGAUCUCUCAGUCCGUCAAGGACAUCUACUCGGCCGCCAACGUCCCCAUCAAGUGGGAGAGCGUCGACGUCACUCCCCGUCUUGUCGACGGCAAGACUACCAUCCCCCAGGAGGCCAUUGACAGCGUCAACCGCAACAAGGUCGCCCUCAAGGGUCCUCUCGCCACUCCCGUCGGCAAGGGUCACGUCUCUCUUAACCUGACUCUGCGCCGUACCUUCAACCUCUUUGCCAACGUCCGUCCCUGCAAGUCCAUUGCCGGCUACAAGACUCCCUAUGACAACGUCGACACCGUCUUGAUCCGUGAGAACACCGAGGGCGAGUACUCCGGCAUUGAGCACGUCGUCGUUGAUGGCGUCGUCCAGAGCAUCAAGCUCAUCACCCGCGAGGCCUCUGAGCGUGUCCUGCGCUACGCCUUCCAGUACGCCCAGGAGGUUGGCCGCACCAAGGUCCGCGCCGUCCACAAGGCUACCAUCAUGAAGAUGUCCGACGGUCUCUUCCUGAACACCGCCCGCGAGCUCUCCAAGGAGUUCCCCGACAUUGAGUUUGACGCUGAGCUUCUCGACAACACCUGCCUGAAGAUGGUCACCGACCCUCUGCCGUACAACGACAAGGUCCUGGUUAUGCCCAACCUUUAUGGUGACAUUCUGUCCGACAUGUGCGCCGGUCUGAUUGGUGGUCUUGGUCUUACUCCCUCCGGUAACAUUGGUGACGAGUGCUCCAUCUUCGAGGCCGUGCACGGCUCCGCUCCCGAUAUCGCCGGCAAGGCCCUGGCCAACCCCACCGCUCUGCUCCUGUCCUCUAUUAUGAUGCUUCAGCACAUGGGUCUCCACGAGCAGGCCAACCAGAUCCAGAGCGCCAUUUUCAAGGUUCUCGCCGAGGGCAAGACGAUAACCGGCGACCUUGGCGGUACCGCCAAGACCCACGAGUACGCCGACGCUGUCAUCAAGGCUUUGUAA